UAACAGCAACAUUGCAUAAAUCACUGAACAUAUCAAAAGGCGUCAUCUACUCUAACGAAUUGCGAAAUAUCGACGAAAAGGUAAUAGUUGAGGAACUGAAGACCCAAAAGGUUGUAGAAGUAAAAAAAAUUCUGAAAAAACAAAAUGAAAUUCUUGUAGAAACUGGCCUAAUCAUAAUCUCUUUUGAAACACUUACAAUUCCUGAAAAAAUUAUGAUCGGCUACGAGGCUGUACGCGUGAGAAACUACAUCCCGCUGCCAUUACAAUGCAAAAAAUGCUGUCGAUUUGGACACCCUACUACAGUCUGUAAAAGUGACUAUAUUUGCUCAAAUUGCUCCAAUAAAUCACAUUGCGAAGAAAACGAGGUGUGCACCCAAAUUAAAAACUGCAUCAACUGUAAAGACAACCCAGAAUAUAACAGUAAUCACAAUGCACGCGACAAAAAUUGCCCAGUCUUCAAAAAACAACAAGAGAUUACAGCAAUAAAAACAACAGAAAAGGUAGAUCAUAAAACUGCUCUAGGUUUAUACUUCAGCCGUCACAUCUCUGAAAAACCUACUACGUAUGCAAAAAUGCUCACCACAUCUCAGUCACCUAAUAUACUUCCAAAAACACAAUCAUCUACCACAUCAACAGCUCAAAUAAAUUACAAAAAUGCAACAUCACUACAACAGGCAUCCAAUCCGGUAACUUACAGAUAUCUUCUUGACGAUCUAAUGGAUAUUCACUCAGCCGACGACACCAAUGAAGCUUCUUCUAACACUACACUAGAAAUAGAAAACCGUAUGAAAGAUAAGUCUAGCACUCCAAAAACAUACUUAAAGGCAAAUAACAUCAAUUUAACUAAACAAAAAAAUAAUAAGCAAACAA